AUGACCAUCCUGAAAAAACGACGGCUGGAUUCGGACGAGAAUGAAGUCAAUAAAUUGAUUAAAUGUUCUAUCACAACACCGAAGCCCAUGCAAGAACGUAAGUUUACCAAUUUUGUCAACGAAGCCCCACACGAGCUGAUAUGUGCGAUACUUAUUUUGCUGGAUCGGAAGGACACUAUAGCACUCGCUUCUACGAGCAAAACUAUGAGGAAUAGGCUUCGGCCGUACGUUUUUGACCAAAUAAAGUGCUCGUGGCACGAUCUGACAAACUAUUGGAACUUUUCAGAUAAUUUGCAGGCUCCUAUAAAAUGUCCCGCAUUAGUGGAAACAAUGCGUAUUUCGCUUUCGUGUUCCAAAAAUGAAUGGGCCUUCCCCUUUCAUGUCCUGUUUGACCAUAAUUCACCCUUGACUAAUCUCAAAAGCCUGGUGCUUCCAACUUCAGGGUCAACGAAUUUUUUCAAAUACUGCCAAGAAGCACCUCGCUUGCUUAAAUUGCGUAUCACCGCAGAUCGGAACAAUUCCGAGUUUUCCCUCGAACAUAUUCGAAAUUUCCCUGAGCUGCAAGAGCUCGCUUUAAGCAAUUUCCAUAUUGAGGACCACGAAGACGCAGAAUUUGAUACAUGUCCCAGGCUAAAAAACAUUGCAUUAACCAAUUGCACAUGGAGUUAUCCAUUCAAUAUUGAAAAUCUGGGCAAAGAUAAAAUAACCACUCUCCAUCUAAUAUAUUCCAAUAGCUUUAUCAUGAGCGAGCGCUUUAGAUAUUUUCUCUCAUGCCCGGGCUUCACCAAUUUGGAGGAGCUAUCGGUGGUCAACUACGAAAAUAACUUAAGGCUCACAAUAUCAGUGCAAAUAAUGGCCCUGAUAAAGGCAAUCCCCACAUUAAAAAAGCUAAAACUGACAGGCAACAUUAGCGACGAGGCCCUUCUCCGCCCGACAGAAUCGAGGGAUCCUAGCCACACCAACGUCGUGGCGGUUCAAGAUGUUAAGAUUUUCUACUCUAGUUUUUUGCGAGAGAUAGGCUAA